AUGUCUACCUUUUUGACCAAAGUUUGGGCAAACGCCAUAGGCUUCGGGAUCGUUUGGACAGGGGUCGUGCUCUUCAGUAAUUUCUUUCCCAAGCAUGAUCAGAAAUGCGCUCCACAAUCUGAUGAAUCAGUGAAGAACAAGGCCGUCGUCGUUCAUGAGCGCUGGUACUACCCGCCCGACAUCGCAAAUGACUUGAAGGAUAUAGAUCUUCCAGACCGGGUCAAACAGGAGAUCUUUGCCACGGCUUGGGAAUAUACUCGUUGUGUCAUUCCUGAAUACACGAAUUGGUCACGAUAUGUUGCGUUUAUGCGCAUCAUCGUCAUGGGAAUCAUCGCAGAAUUUAAGGGUAGCCUUAUGGACGUGGCCAACGACGAUAAUGUCGUGGGCUACAGUCUUACCGAGGUGUUAGAUACAUUGUGUGGAGGAACAGCAGGCCAUGCUGAGAUGUGCCGCGAAUACCGCUGCUUUUUGUUGAUGUCGUCGCAAAAAUCACGUCAUCAGACAAACACCAUGCUGUUUCGCCGUUACAGUGUUGCUCUUUCCAAGAGUCCCUGGCAAUUCUUCCGCAUGCGCGAUACCGACGCGCUCGCUCGCUUCACCAUUGGUGUUGCUCUGGUCUGCAAUGACCUCGACCACAUUUGGUUCACCAACGACCAAUUCGACAUCAUGGCCGAAAUCGGCAAUACAAUGUACGACGGUAUAUCAUACUGGAAGCACCGUUCCGAGGGAGAAAUCAACAGCACCUUCGCAUAUGUCCCAGAAACCAAGCGGGUAAUGGCCUAUCACAAGUGCCGCGAGGCGCUUUGGGCACUGGACGUAGCGUGGGCAAGACAGCCCGAGAUGAAGUGUGUCAUCAACUUCCUCCGCUACUUUGGCGGCCCAAUUCACAUGAUUAUGCGACGGUACCGCUUUGUGGAAGAGGGCCUUACCCUAGGCAGACCUGAGGACAAGCGCGUCAUCGAGCAAACGAGGAAGCACGUCAAAUUAUGGAAUAGGCUUGACGAGCAGAAGAAGACCAAGAAGCAGGAAACCGAGAGUCUCCAACAGUAUCGCCACGUCCUCUCACGGGAGAAGAUCCUGCUGUUUAACGGCCUCGGGGAAAUGUUGGAAAAGGCUGACGAGGGCUUAUGCUCCGAGUGCAGCUAUCGAGAGACAUACGGCGCGCCACAGGCUCAUACUUUCGGAGGUGUUGUCCUAUGUGCCGCACAUAAGCAGGGCUGGGCGGACCAUACGGAAAGUAUACUUGAGCGCAUGGUCAGAAGCUUUCCGGAGGCUGCCGAGACUGUUCGUAUAAGUGAGAUGCGAGCGACACGUUCAGCCGCGCCAUAA